UGUAUUUGGGGGUCUUGUAGGGGACUCGACUAGUUCCAUAUGACCCUGUUUUCCUGAAUGAGAAAAGUAAAAUGAAUAUUACAAUUUAAAAAAAUUAUAAUCAUUAAUGAAUCUUUACAUUUUCACUCUUUUCAAACCUCUGCUCGUGUAAUCUGAUUUAUACACCUCUACUCAUGUAAUCUGAUUUAUACACCUGUACUCAUGUAAUCUGAUUUAGAGACCUGUGCUCAUGUAAUCUGAUUUAGAGACCUGUGCUCAUGUAAUCUGAUUUAUACACCUGUACUCAUGUAAUCUGAUUUAUACACCUGUAGUCAUGUAAUCUGAUUUAGAGACCUGUACUCAUGUAAUCUGAUUUAGAGACCUGUACUCAUGUAAUCUGAUUUAGAGACCUGUGCUCAUGUAAUCUGACUGCAAAUGGAAAUGGGAAAGUGAUUCCUGAUGAUGAGAAAAAAAUAAAUUUUGACUGACUGCUUAACAAGCUAUUAUAAUGUCUCUGCAGUAAUACCCUGGCUGAGUCACAAAUGGCACCCUAUUCCCUAUGUAGUGCACUACUAUUGACCCACCUCCUUAGGGUGCAAUUUGGGACAUACUGAGAAUAGCAUCCUAGGUAGCUACUACCCUACCACCGUUGUUUAACAUACUAAGUUCUACCAUUGUAGUUGCUAACAAAGGGCUGCACACAAUAUGUAUGUCCCAAAUCGCACCCUAUAGCCUAUCUAGUGCACUUCCCUAUUGGCGUCGCUCGGCCAUCCGGAUCUCGUAAGCUUACGUUCUGCUAUAUACGGACUUCUGAAGGAUUGAAGUGAAGUGAAACGAGAGCAGCAAUCAGGAUGGAGGAUCAGGUUACUGCCCUAUAGGGUCCUGGUCUGAAGUAGUGCCCUAUAUGGUCCUGGUCUGAAGUAGUGCCCUAUAAAGGGAUUAGUGUGCCAUGUGGGAUAUAGACAACCAGUUCACUAACUUAACCCUCUGCUGUAAAAUACCAACAAAAAAAAUGUUUUAUUUUUUAUUAGACAUAUAGUAUGUUUGCUUUUUAAUUUGAGACUGUUUACCUCCUGACAUAUAGCUCUACUCAUGUAGGUCUGCUCUCACCUAGUGCCCAGAAAUAUAUCUCCUAAUAUGCCCUACAGUCCACUGUAGAGUACAUGACCUGUUCUUAUCGCUUGUCUGAGAUGGUAUCGCCUGUUGUCCCCCUCUACCUUUUUCUGAGAUGGUUUCGCCUGGUGUCCCCCUCUACCUUUAUCUGAGAUGGUAUCGCCUGUUGUCCCCCCUCUACCUUUAUCUGAGAUGGUAGCGCCUGUUGUCCCCCUCUACCUUUAUCUGAGAUGUUAUCGCCUGUUGUCCCCCUCUACCUUUAUCUGAGAUGGUUUCGCCUGUUGUCCCCCUCUACCUUUAUCUGAGAUGGUAUCGCCUGUUGUCCCCCCUCUACCUUUAUCUGAGAUGGUAUCGCCUGUUGUCCCCCUCUACCUUUAUCUGAGAUGGUAUCGCCUGUUGUCCCCCUCUACCUUUAUCUGAGAUGGUAUCGCCUGUUGUCCCCCUCUACCUUUAUCUGAGAUGGUAUCGCCUGUUGUCCCCCUCUACCUUUAUCUGAGAUGGUAUCGCCUGUUGUCCCCUUACUUCAGCAGGGGAGAAAUGUAUUCAAUCGGUCAGUAUCAAUUCUCUUCCCACCCCUUCCCCUUGGCUAACACCUUGCAGAUCUACCAACAUUGAAUGUAUAGGGCCAAAUGGAAAUGCUAGCAAGUGAAUUGGAACUGGCCCUUAACUUACUGACCCUGUUCAGGAGGAUCCUUAACUUACUGUCCCUGUUCAGGAGGAUCCUUAACUUACUGUCCCUGUUCAGGAGGAUCCUUAACUUACUGUCCCUGUUCAGGAGGAUCCUUAACUUACUGUCCCUGUUCAGGAAGAUCCUUAACUUACUGUCCCUGUUCAGGAGGAUCCUUAACUUACUGUCCCUGUUCAGGAGGAUCCUUAACUUACUGUCCCUGUUCAGGAGGAUCCUUAACUUACUGACCCUGUUCAGGAGGAUCCUUAACUUACUGACCCUGUUCAGGAGGAUCCUUAACUUACUGUCCCUGUUCAGGAGGAUCCUUAACUUACUGUCCCUGUUCAGGAGGAUCCUUAACUUACUGUCCCUGUUCAGGAGGAUCCUUAAUUUACUGUCCCUGUUCAGGAGGAUCCUUAACUUACUGUCCCUGUUCAGGAGGAUCCUUAAUUUACUGUCCCUGUUCAGGAGGAUCCUUAACUUACUGUCCCUGUUCAGGAGGAUCCUUAAUUUACUGUCCCUGUUCAGGAGGAUCCUUAACUUACUGUCCCUGUUCAGGAGGAUCCUUAAUUUACUGUCCCUGUUCAGGAGGAUCCUUAAUUUACUGUCCCUGUUCAGGAGGAUCCUUAACUUACUGUCCCUGUUCAGGAGGAUCCUUAACUUACUGUCCCUGUUCAGGAGGAUCCUCAAUUUACUGUCCCUGUUCAGGAGGAUCCUCAAUUUACUGUCCCUGUUCAGGAGGAUCCUCAACUUACUGUCCCUGUUCAGGAGGAUCCUUAACUUACUGUCCCUGUUCAGGAGGAUCCUUAACUUACUGUCCCUGUUCAGGAGGAUCCUCAAUUUACUGUCCCUAUUCAGGAGGAUCCUUAACUUACUGUCCCUGUUCAGGAGGAUCCUCAAUUUACUGUCCCUGUUCAGGAGGAUCCUUAACUUACUAUCCCUGUUCAGGAGGAUCCUUAACUUACUGUCCCUGUUCAGGAGGAUCCUCAAUUUACUGUCCCUAUUCAGGAGGAUCCGUAAUUUACUGUCCCUAUUCAGGAGGAUCCGUAAUUUACUGUCCCUAUUCAGGAGGAUCCGUAAUUUACUGUCCCUGUUCAGGAGGAUCCUCAACUUACUGUCCCUGUUCAGGAGGAUCCUCAACUUACUGUCCCUGUUCAGGAGGAUCCUUAACUUACCGUCCCUGUUCAGGAGGAUCCUCAACUUACCGUCCCUGUUCAGGAGGAUCCUUAACUUACUGUCCCUGUUCAGGAGGAUCCUCAACUUACUGUCCCUGUUCAGGAGGAUCCUUAAUUUACUGUCCCUGUCCAGGAGGAUCCUUAACUUACUGUCCCUGUUCAGGAGGAUCCUCAACCUAGUAUCCCUGUUCAGGAGGAUCCUUAACCUACUGUCCCUGUUCAGGAGGAUCCUCAAUUUACUGUCCCUGUUCAGGAGGAUCCUUAAUUUACUGUCCCUGUCCAGGAGGAUCCUUAAUUUACUGUCCCUGUUCAGGAGGAUCCUCAAUUUACUGUCCCUGUUCAAGAGGAUCCUUAACUUACUGUCCCUGUUCAGGAGGAUCCUUAACUUACUGUCCCUGUUCAGGAGGAUCCUCAACUUACUGUCCCUAUUCAGGAGGAUCCUUAACUUACUGUCCCUGUUCAGGAGUAUCCUUAAUUUACUGUCCCUGUUCAGGAGUAUUCAUCUUUUUUUCCCCUUAUGUAUAAUUGUUAUUGUUUUUUCUUUUUGUAUUCUGUUGCGUAGAGAGAAUGAAAGUUACUCCACAGAUUCACAUUAAACCUCCAUUAACAAAUAUAUUGAAGUAUAUCUCCCCAGAAGGAGUUUUUUAAUCUCAGGUUAAACUGAUUUAAAGCAUCUCUAAGACAAUAUGUAUGUAGGAUUCAUGUUACAACAAAAACAGUAAAAAUUGAUUGAAAAUCUAAA